CUCCCCGAACCCACUUGUGCCAAAUGUUGAAGUUUCCUCUGCAUGCAUCCUGCUUUUUCUUUCAUUCAUGACCGACUCAGGAUUGUAGAAGGAAUAAACCGAAACACAUCCAGAAUCUCCUUGUUAAGAUAUUAAGAUGAGCACAGAAGCUGUCGAGCAGAGGGAUCCUCAGCAUGAACACGCAGAAAUCGAACAAAAUGGAAUUGACUUCACAAGACAGAUAAAAACCGAGGACCUGAACGAUUCUCCUCACUCUGCCUCAUCACAUAAGACAUGUCACCUCACGCAGGGAUCACCAGUUCCCACUGGACAGCUGCCUGGGGAUUUGCCAUCACUUCACUCACUUCCCCAGCUGGUCCUCAUGUCUGGAUCACACCUUUCCUCGUCUUCACCUUUCCUCCUCUCCCAGGCUCAGACCGGACAUCAGGCUCUACUGCAGCCGAAUCUCCUGUCCUUGCCCUCUCAGUCUCAGCCUAGUCUCCUGCAGCACCAGCCUGGACUGGCCCUUACACCUCAGGGAAUGGGUCGAACAGGCUUGGCUGGGUCCUCCAUGGAUGCACACUUGGACAUGCCUCACUUACAGGUGCCUAAGCACAUUGGCGCUUCUCAGCAGGACGAGCCAAGUGACCUGGAGGAGCUGGAGCAGUUUGCCAAGUCUUUCAAACAAAGACGCAUCAAGCUGGGCUUCACACAGGGAGAUGUGGGUUUGGCUAUGGGGAAGCUCUAUGGAAAUGAUUUCAGUCAAACUACAAUUUCCCGCUUUGAGGCUCUAAAUCUCAGCUUUAAGAACAUGUGCAAGCUCAAACCAUUGCUGGAGAAGUGGCUCAGUGAUGCAGAAAACUCACCCUCAGACUCAAUGGCUAAUCCUGCCACGCUACCACCUCUUAUGGAAGGAUAUGGGAGGAAGAGAAAAAAGAGAACGAGCAUCGAGACCAACAUCAAGCUCACACUGGAGAAACGCUUCCUAGAUAAUCCCAAACCGAACUCAGAGGAGAUCACUCUGAUCUCGGAGCAGCUGUCCAUGGAAAAGGAAGUGGUGCGGGUGUGGUUCUGCAACCGACGGCAGAAGGAAAAGAGGAUCUAUUGCCCAGUCGCCACCUCACCUAUAAAAUCGCACAACUACAAUGCCAGACUGCCUGCAUCUAGCAGACCAUUCAGUCCUCUUGCUUCAGGAGGUGUGUCAAGCAGCUCAUCUCCUAACAGUCCGAGUCGUGGCUCUUCUCCCAACACUCUGUCUUCAGCCUCCAGUCCUCUGACAUCACAGGGGGUCAAUCAAUCCUUCAAUCCCACAGGAUCUUGGUAUCGUUGGAACACUACUGCAUAUCACCACUGAGAAUCAUCUAGAAUCCCCAUUCCACAUAAAGUGAAAAUAAAAAUGUUUACAGUUUGUUUAAACAGGAAAGGAAACAAUGCUCUGAUUUAUACAUUUACAUACUGCUGGAUUACUUUUUUCACAUUUACAUGCUAAAAAAUUUUUUUUUAAAAAGUCCCUGUCUUGUUGGUUCGUUUCAGCAAUAAGGAUACAUUUCAGCCGUCUGUUUAUGUCAAGAUCAACAGCAGGUCUAUGAAACAUUUCAAGUUUAUAUAUCGUUGUGUUAAAGCCACAGUUCUGAAAGUCUUAGAUAUUACUUUUCAACAACAAGGUUUACAUAUCUAUUAUCAUCUUCAGACCAUAUUUUAGUAUAAUAUAUUUUAAAUCACGCUAGAUGACUUGAGUAUGUUAGCAAAAAUAUCAAUUGAAAACUAUGCAAAUAUUUCAAGCAUCAGAUUUCUUUCAGUUAUAAGUGUGUGGUUAUCACAGACGUCGUUAUGUAGCAUUUAAUAUCGCAGUCAUUUUCAGUCUGGCCUUGAAGUUAUUCAUUAUGUCUUACUCAGUUUCCUAUUUUAUAAAUGUCUUCUUUUCUAAGUUAAACUUUUAUGAACAUACUUUUGGAAAUGGAAGUAACAUGUAGUGGAAAAGGGUGUUUGAUUUUUUUUCUACCUUUUCCUUAUGAAGUGGUCCGAACAUUUGAAGUGCUGUAUUUUCACACUUUGUCUUUAAUGUUAUUACGUAUCACUGUUGUUUAUUUUGCUUGUAGUUUUUUUUUUGUUUGUUUGUUUGUUUGUUGUUGUUGUUUUUUUGUGAUGCGUAAUAUUUUUCUUUUUGUAAUGGAAUUGAUGUGUUGUACAUUUGAAUGCUGGACAUGACUCUAUGUGUAACUGUUUAACACUUAUUAAACAGAUUAAUCACUUUA